AUCUAAUGAGAGCACAUUGGCAUUUGUCACUGGGUAGGGCUGUAUGUGGCUUCCCAAGGUUACCAAGCUGGUGCAGAGCAAAUCAGGCGACUUAUAUUUAGCUUUGCAAAUGGCGCACUGUGGAUUAUGUCUUGAGGUUCUCCGGUUUCGUCUUCAGUGCGUUUUGUUGCAUGAAGGGGGGCUUUGGACCAUGAAGUGGCUGCUAUUCAGGUGAGUAGCAAGUUCACUUCAUGUUCUCAGAGGUGGAAGGCUAUUCAGAGAGUCCAAAAGACACCAAAGACGACACCCUUGAGUUGGACUGACAGUUGUGUGGUGGGUGAGCAGGGGGUUGCUUGCCAUACCAGCAGAGGACAGCCAGCGUCACUGGACAUAUCACAGAUUAUUUCACCGGGCUACUGAGGUUUUUGGAUCAAACAGUAUCAUGGAUAUACUUGCCUUAGAAGCAAAGAAUGUAAAUGGAGCUGAAACUGAGAAGAAGACUACACAGAGGCCAAAACCAAAAGCUCCCAAAAAGGCCAAAAGGAUUGUUUACUUUGAGGUGGAGAUCGUGGAUUUAAAGACUAAAGAGAAGCUGCUGCUGUUGGAUAAGGUCGAGCCAACUUCCACAGUUCUGGAUAUUAAAUCUUUGUUUCAUAAAUCAUAUCCAAAGUGGUAUCCAGCCAGACAGUCCCUGCGUUUGGAUCCAAAGGCCAAGUCUCUAAGAGAUGAGGAAAUCCUGCAGACACUUCCUGUGGGAACCACAGCCAGCUUUUACUUCAGUGACCUAGGACCUCAGCUCACAUGGGGAACAGUGUUCCUGACAGAGUGUGUCGGCCCACUGAUCAUCUACUUAAUGUUCUACUUCCGCCUUCCUUUCAUCUACUCUCCGAAAUACGACUUUACCAGCAGCAAGAACUGGGUCGUACACUUGGCCUGCAUGUGUCACUCCUUCCACUACAUCAAAAGGAUCCUGGAGACAAUGUUCGUCCAUCGUAUCUCCCAUGGGACCAUGCCUCUAAGGAACAUAUUUAAGAACUGUGGCUAUUACUGGUGCUCUGCAGCUUGGAUGGCAUACUACAUUAACCACCCUCUCUACACCCCACCCUUUUACGGGCAGCAGCAGGUGAAUAUGGGGCUUUACAUUUUCUUGUUCUGUCAAGUAGGAAACUUUUCCAUCCAUGUUGCUCUACGCAACCUUAAACUACCAGGUUCAAAAGCCAAGAAGAUUCCUUACCCAACAAAAAAUCCCUUCACAUGGAUUUUUUGGCUGGUCUCUUGUCCAAACUAUACAUAUGAGCUGGGUUCCUGGAUCGGCUUCACAGUGAUGACCCAGUGUGUGCCUGUGGCUUUCUUCACUCUCGUGGCCCUCAUCCAGAUGACUGUGUGGGCCAGAGGCAAACACCGCAGCUACUUAAAGGAGUUCAGAGAUUAUCCAACCCUGCGCUCCUCCAUACUUCCCUUCAUCCUGUAGAGCAUGGCAGAGAGAACAACAGUUGCUACGCACAUCCACCCUAGCACUGAUCGGGUCCUUUUGUAAGGGCCUCUCUAUCCACUGGAUGUCAGAAAUUGUGUGCUGAGUUUACCAGCACUGAUGGAUUUUGGUCAUAUGGACUCCAUGUAACAUGUUCUUACAUGUCACUCCAUAACAAGGAGUUUCUCUGAGUGUUGGACUGGUGACUGCAGGACUGUUACAGGCAAAGAAAGCCUUCUGAGUGAAAUACAGCAAAGUCUUAAUUUAAUGUUGUAUGUGAGCUUGAAGAGCAAGAGGACUUUUGUUUUGCUACUUUGGUAAGUUGUAACAUGUUUGAUUGAGAGUGUUUAACUGAGUUUAGUUCAAAAAACUAAAAAAACAAGCAAAAUUAUGUUCAUAGCUUUUGGUCCCCUGAUCUAAUACGUUCCCCACAGAGAAACCAAGAGACUAAUCUGCAUUUACAUCAAACUAGUGUGCAGCCUGGAGCUGACAACUUUGAGGCCUCAUGCAGUAUUCUAGUGAUCCAGCUGAUCCAAGUGACCUUUACACUGCUGUAGUAAUGUAUGCGGAUUCCCAUGUUUUCCACCAUGGGUGAGGGAAAAUCUUGGAUCAAUUGUAUUUAUGGUGUAAAAACACACUGUGGAUAGCCCAGGUGUGUCCUACAAAAAAAAAUAUACUUACAGUACACAAGAUGAUUACAUAGUGCAAAGAGUGCUCAAUCAAAUACGCAAAGAUACUCUUAAUUUUGUACUAAUCUGAGCCGAUGCAAACUGAAACUCGGUCUGAUGGUGCUUUCCAAGAUUGGUUCUCUGCUAUUCCAUUUUCACUAAAUGUGCAUUUCACAGAACGCUGCAUCGACUAAACCUUCAGAUUAAAUGGGCUUUGAUUUUAUUUUAUUUCUCAUGUCCUGCUGUAAUUUUUGUGUGACAUUCAGUGUGGAGAAGGAUUUUUAUUUGAUGCAGAAAGUUUGUUUACAAUAUUCGAUUGCGACUCAAGAGUGUCGUCACACAAGGUGACAUUGACCCAUGGAAAUAACUGUUUUAGGCAAAUUAAUGAUACGAGUGUAAUAAAUUAUCAUAAAACAAGUGA